AAUGAAUAAAGACAUGACACUGAGAUUGAAGUCUAGCUCUACUUCAGAACCACAGAGACAUGAGCACCAGCAAGUUUGAGGUUGGGUAAAGAUCUUCAGAACUCCUCAGCUUCAGAUAGUCAAGCACUGCUUCGUCCCUUCUUCAAUGGCAUCUCUAGCAUACAUACUUACUUCCCUUAAAUGCAACGUUGUAGCGUUUUCUGAUGGAAGGAGCACGGCAGAGUCCAUGCCUUCACCUCCUCUGGCCAACUCUAAUCAUGAAUCUCCUGUGAAUCAGCUGGGAAACAUGCAGAAUAUGAGAUUGGAGCCUUCAUUCAUAUUAACUGGAGUUUUCCUUGACAAUGAUAGAAUAGAAGCUUCUCCAUUCUUUAGAGAUGAAUUUGUUUUAGGUAAGAUCUUCCCAGAGUACAAAAGAAAUUUAUUCUGGAAAUUUCAAACUAAGAUGGCCUCCUCACUGGAACUGGAUCCACCAUCCUUUUUUCUCAGUGUCUUAUUGUUUGUGUUUUAGAUCUUUUGCAAGGUGAGCUACACCUCUGAGAGAGCUCCUAGAAAUUACCAGAGAUACUUAAUAUUGCCAGCUCUACAGCUGGAGGUGAUGCACCUUGAUGAGGAAUGAGUACUGAGCCUGAAUCCUACAAAUGGGAAAAGGUGCUCAUAUCACACUUAUGCAUUAGAUAUCAAACUACAAAAUACAAGUACAGUUGAUACUUGUUUAGAUGACAUAGAGCAAGCUAACAGAGUAUAUAUUAAAAGCAAAAAUUCCCGUGAAGUUAAACUGUUACCCUCUGCCAAAACCUCCUACUCUCAGGUUUUAAGAGCCAAUAAGCCUUGUAUCUGUA